ACCCAAUGAAUGUGGACGUGCUUCUGAACCUCAUACCAUUUGCAUUUGGCUGAUAUCUCCUCGGUCUCGACCUCAACAGUAGUGGCUCGCAGCGACGGCAAGGGUUUGAUGGCCCACGACGAGCUGUUCGUGGAGACGAGCAUCCCGGAGCAGAAGGCCGUCGGCGGCGUCCUCUUUCCGGCGGUCCUCUAUCCGAGCCCGACCGUGGAUCUCGACCUAGGCAGCUUCAACGCGGCCGUGGCAUCCCAGAGGCCCCGCCUCGAGUCGCUCCUGCGGUCGAGCGGCGCCAUACUCCUGCGCGGCUUCCCUGUCCGGGACGCCGCCGACUUCGACCGCGCCGUGGCCGCCUUCGGCUACGACGAGCUCCCCUACGUCGGCGGCGCCGCUCCCCGCACCAACGUCGUCGGCCGCGUCUUCACCGCCAACGAGUCCCCACCCGACCAGAAGAUCCCCUUCCACCACGAGAUGGCGCAGGUGCCGGAGUUCCCGACGAAAUUGUUCUUUUUCUGCGAGGUGGAGCCUGGAAGCGGCGGGGAAACUCCGAUCGUGCUAAGCCAUCUAGUUUACGAGAGGAUGAAGGCAAAAUUUCCGGAGUUCGUGGCGCGAUUGGAGGAAUAUGGCUUGAUCUACACGAGGGUUUUGGGGGAGGGAGACGAUCCUUCGUCGCCAAUCGGCCGUGGAUGGCAAUCGACGUUCUUGACCAAAGAUAGAAGCGUGGCAGAGGAAAGGGCAGCUCACCUAGGAGUGAAGUUGGAAUGGUUGGAAGACGGAGUGAAAACAGUCACAGGCCCAAUUCCAGCAAUCAGACUAGAUCAAACUAGAGGACGGAAAAUAUGGUUCAACAGCAUGGUUGCUGCCUAUACUGGAUGGGAGGAUGCUCGCAAUGAUCCUGUCAAGGCAGUUACUUUUGGAGAUGGGACACCUUUGCCAGCCGAUAUAAUACAUGAAUGUCUAAAUAUCCUUGAAGAAGAAAGUGUUGCUAUAGGUUGGAAGAAAGGUGACAUCCUUUUGUUGGAUAAUCUGGCUGUCCUGCACUCCCGACGAUCAUUUGAUCCUCCACGCCGCAUUCUUGCAUCACUUUGUAAAUAGAGGUUUGCUCGCUUCGGCUGGCCAAGACACUUCGCAUAUAUAUUUCUCUUCAGUUCUUGUCAUUUCUGUUUUCCUGAUCAACCACCAUCCUCCCACCACAACCCAAAAGAGUGAGGAAUUGCCACCUUCUCCUCAUUGCCCAAAGUUCUAGAAUUGCUGUAGCUGCUAGUAUCACCUGUGAUUAUAAACUUAUCUGCGAUGAGAAUGAUUCAUAGUAACCAAAUUGAUAAUUGGGUAGUACUUCAAA